AUGGCGCUCACCGAGAAGGCCACCGAGGACGAGGCAACUUCCGCGGCGGACACGGGGUGCGCACCAUGGCUUCUUGUGAAGACGAGGCUGGGUCGGCGCUUCGUCCACAAUCCGGAGACGAACGAGAGCUUCUGGAAGUUCCCGCAGGAUGUCAUGAAGGGUGUGAUAGAGUUUGAUAGGCUGGAGCGGGAGAAGCGCGAACGGCGUGAGAGAGGCGAGACUGGCGAGGUUGAAGACGAGGAGGAGGCGGCGGCGGCAGAAGAACUGGCUGUUGCCGAACAGGGACCUCGUCCACUGGCGCCGCCGGUGGCUCAAGGAGAGGAAGGUGGAGACUCGAGCGACGAAUAUGAAGAGGUCGAGGUGACGGAUGAGGAGGAUCAGGGAGAUGAGAACAACCCGUCCAAACGGCAGCGGACCGAUGAGCAACCUCAAGAUCAGCCCGUCGAGUUCAAUGAGGACGACAUAGCGUACCAGCUUGCGCAGAUGGGACAAGAUUAUGGCUUAGAUCCUGGCGAGUACGGCCAGGGAGAAGACGAGGAUUUGGAGGAAGGUGCUGAGGGGCUCCCUCUAACCGAGAGCGACUCCAAAGCCUUGUUCAGGGAUAUGUUGGACGACUACCAAAUCAAUCCAUACACCAUUUGGGAAAAGGUUAUCGAGGAAGGCCGCAUCAUUGAGGACGACCGCUACACUGUCCUGCCCAACAUGAAAUCCCGGAAAGAAACCUGGGACGAGUGGUCUCGUAACAGGAUACAGACUCUCAAGGAGCAGCGCGAGAAGCAGGAGAAGGAGGACCCACGGAUCCCGUAUCUGGCCUUUCUCCAGACCAAUGCCACGCCUAAGCUUUACUGGCCGGAAUUUAAGCGUAAAUAUAGGAAAGAGCCCGAGAUGAAGAGCACAAAACUCCAAGACAAGGAUCGAGAGAAGUACUAUCGCGACUACAUCAAUCGCCUGAAACUGCCCCAAAGCACACUUAAAGCCGACUUGUCCGCCUUGCUGAAGAGCAUACCGCUGUCUACGCUAAAUCGGUCAACCGCGCUGGCCGCGCUUCCACCACAGGUCUUGACAGACAUUCGGUAUAUUUCACUUCAGCCCUCUACACGUGACCCGCUUAUAACCGCCUACAUCUCCACACUGCCACCGGCACCAGAGGCGAGUGAUCUCACCGCAGAGGAGGAUGAGGAAGCGGCCAAGAAACGUCAGGAUCGCGAGCGGCGCGAAAGAGCUUUGCAGGAACGAGAGAAGCGUGUCCAAGAGGAAAAGCGCCGGCAAAGGCGGGAUCUGGAGUACGGACGUGGAAGGUUGAGGGAGGAAGAGAUGGAACUGCAAAGAGCCAUGAGGGUGGGCAAAGAGGGCUUGCGGGCACAGUUGGAUCACAUGGACGAUCAGAACGGACGGCCUUCCGUGGAGGGGGAACAUGCUACUUGA